UGGUACAUGUUCCUGUUGGAAUUUCAUAUUCUCCAAAGAAUAUUAUUCGGCAAAACUUCUGUCAAAUGAAAUAACCAUUUUUGUAGGGACAAAUCAGUUUUAUAAAAACGUCACAAAUGGUUAAUAUAAAAAUUCUGGCAUUUGUCGUAAUUGUUCAAGUAUUUAUCAACAAACAAGGUUAGAGAUAGGUUAUGGAUGUGCACCCUUAACCCUCUCCGUUGGAAUUCUUGUUUUUUUUUCAUUCUUCUGCUAAAUUUCCUGCGUUUUUUUUCUAAAUUUUUAAAAGGAAUGACAAAAAGCAGAAGAAAAUAAUUACACGGCCACAACACUUCAUGACUCAUUAAAUUGUGACAAAAUACAAAAAUUAUAUCAAUGGCUUUAUUGGUAUCAAUUCUAUCCAUAAAAUGCCGGAAAAGUUUUAAAAAACCUUAAUUUUAAGUGAAAGGGUCCGACAUCGUUAAGUUAUUACUUUACUACAGCACUAUUGUAAUGCUUCUAUAUUUUUCAGUAUUUAUAAAAAAAAUAACAAUCAAGAUAGGUUAAAUGACCUUGCAUUAUCAUUGCUUAGACUUUGUUUCUGAAUAUAUAAACCAUACAGAGAUCAAUAAUUCUCUUUUAAUGGAAAAAACACUUGACGAAAAAAUGCAGUUAUCAAUGAUACAGUAACGGAAAAUUAAGAAAUACUUGAAAGACCAAAUGAAUACAGGAUCUCAAGGAAACAGUCGUGACGAUACCAUAGAUCAACGGUUUUGAAGAAUGCAGAAUUUGUAAUAGUUUUCUUCAUACGUGUAAUAUUUUUUACAUGAGGAUAGCAUUGUACUGCAGUCGACUUAACUUUUCUAUUUUUUGCCCUAUAUCACUGAGAUUUUUAUUUCUCACCAUCAACACAAUAUGGUACACGUCUCUGCUCUAAUUAUUCCUAGUAUCACUGACACGAAAGAAAAAUACGGAAAAGAAUGUAAAAUCUGUAUGCGGCCCUUUACAGUAUUCCGUUGGUGUCCAGGAGCCCGCAUGCGUUUCAAGAAGACCGAGGUCUGUCAGACGUGCAGUCGUCUCAAAAAUGUCUGUCAAACAUGUCUCCUGGACCUUGAAUAUGGUCUUCCCAUCCAAGUACGUGACGCUGCCCUCAAGAUCAAGGACGACAUACCUCGAUCGGACGUGAACAAAGAGUACUACGUCCAAAAUAUUGACAAAGAAAUAAGUAACAUCGAUGCAACAAGUCCGGCAGGAGCAGUGGGAAAAUCGGCAGCAGCUUCAGAUCUUCUCAUGAAGCUUGCAAGAACAAGUCCCUAUUACAAGAGAAAUCGCCCCCAUAUAUGUUCAUUCUGGGUGAAGGGCGAAUGCAAGAGAGGCGAAGAAUGCCCAUAUCGUCAUGAGAAGCCAACGGAUCCCGAUGAUCCGCUGGCAGAUCAAAAUAUCAAGGACCGUUAUUAUGGUACUAACGAUCCAGUUGCUGACAAGUUGAUGAGAAGAGCAGCAGCAAUGCCUAAGCUAGAUCCACCUGAGGACAAAUCAAUUACCACUCUUUACAUUGGCAAUCUUGGUGAUGUAUUGACUGAAAAGCAACUGAGGGAUCACUUCUAUCAAUAUGGGGAAAUCAGAUCCGUGACGAUGGUUCCACGACAGCAAUGUGCAUUCAUACAAUACACACAAAGAAAUGCAGCUGAAGCUGCAGCUGAAAGGACCUUCAAUAAGCUCAUUCUCGGAGGUAGAAGAUUGACGAUCAAGUGGGGCAGAUCUCAGGGACGCCAGACAGUUUCUGCUGCUGAAGCAACAAGAGAAAUACUCGAGCCUGUUCCUGGACUACCAGGAGCUCUACCACCUCCUCCGGAGACAAUGGGAAGCAAUUUUUUCAAUCUCCAAGCUACUUCUGGCAUGAUGCCCCCAAUGAUGAUACCACCACCACCAGUGGCUCCUCAGUUUGCUAUGUUUCCACCCCAAAUUGCUACUACAGCUGCUGCUCCCAUUUUCCCACCUGGCACUGCUCCCAUUCAUUAUCCCAGUCAAGAUCCUUCGAGAAUGGGGGCCAGUCAAGGCAUUGGGAAACCAUGGCCUGAAGAGUAAUUCGGCAAGUUUGGUAUUAUUGAUUUUUAUAGGUAAUUUUGUCUUUUUGUUUAUUGUCUUCUAUAUACGAAAUUGUAUGAAUAAAGGAAUUAAAUAUAAAUAUUGAACAUUUUAUUCGA